AUGUAUUAUUCGGAAUAUUUAAAAACGUUAAAACAAUUCAGUAGAAGAGUCUUUGGGAAAAUAAAUAGAAAUAUUACUACUUCCUUCCCCGUGAUGAAUUAUGGAACAUAUUUACGUACUAUUUCUAUAGAUUAUCAUAUCGAACAGUUUCUGUUGAAAUGUUCUAAAUUGAAUGAAAAGGCUCAAAUAAUUAAUCUAGGUUGUGGAUCAGAUUUAAGAAUGAUAAAUUUAUUAAAUUAUAAUUAUAAGGAUCAAAUUGCAAAAUUCAUUGAUGUUGAUUUCGAUGAAUCGAUUAAAUUGAAAGACGAAAUAAUAUCUAAUAAUGAGUCAUUGAAGAUAUCUUUAGAUGCUUCCAUAUCAACAAAUAAAUACCAUAUAGCCCCUUCUGAUUUGAAAGAUGCGGGAAAGACGAUUUCUAUGUUGACAAAUGUUACAAAUGCUAAACUACCUACAUUAAUAAUUACAGAAUGUGUCCUUUGUUAUAUGUCUCAACAGGAUUCACAAAAUCUAAUAGAUUCUAUAAUGAAUCUUUAUGAAUCUGGGACAUGGAUAUCUUAUGAUCCCAUAGGUGGAGGUGAUGAUGAUAUGAGUGACCAAAAAAAUAAGUCGCAUGGGAAUGAUAGAUUUGGUAUCAUCAUGCAAUCCAAUUUAAGAGAGUCCAGGAACCUUGAAAUGCCAACAUUAAUGACUUUUAAUUCAAAGGAGAAAUACUCUCAAAGAUGGAAUAAAUCUGUCAUAGAUAAUAAAGUCGAUAUCAAGAUUAAUGAUAUGUGGGAAAUACUCAACCAUAACGUUUCUACCGCCGAAAAGAAACGAUUACGAGACUUACAAUUCUUAGAUGAAUUAGAGGAGUUGAAAGUUAUGCAAACACAUUAUAUUUUGCUGAGUGCGGAAUGGAAGCAUGCCAUAAAAUAA